AUGGCGUCCGGCACAGCGUCUCCUGUAGCGGAAUCUAACGUAGAGAACAUCGAACUCGCAGGCGAUGGCGACGUCGUCUUGAGCUUCGAGACCGGGAGCACAAUCCGCGCAACUUCUGCUAUCCUGUCCAUGGCUUCUCUUGUCAUCAAAAGCAUGCUUGGACCAAAAUUCUUCGAAGGACAGGCAACGCGCAGCUCAGAACAGCCCAAGAUCAUCCAAUUGGUGGACGACGACUUCGGUCCGACGAAUAUGCUACUCACUCUGAUGCACUUCCAGCAACCUGCGGCUCCGAGUUUCGCCACGACGGACCUUUGUCGAUUGGCAGUUGCGGCUGAUAAGUGGGAUUGUGCGGAGACAAAGUCACCGGCGACAGAAGCUUUGCUCAGGAGGAAAGUCAACAAUAUCUCAAGCUUCUCAAUGGUGAAUGUCUCGCACGAUUUGGGUGCUGUCGCGUCUGCGGCAUAUCUGCUUCGUCACAGGGAGAUUCUUGCGCCCUUCACCGGUUGGCUCGUACUUCUGGACACCAAACCAAUCUCUACGAUGAUGGAUCAUAAGAUCGGGCUAGAAGAGCAGAGAAGUGCAGCUCGAGACAUGCUGAUCAAUACCAUCGGCCAGCGUAGUAACGGCAAAUGUGUCGUUUCGGGUUGCACGUCUCGCGCCGCGUCGUCAAGCCUCGUUAUGAUGCUCCUCGUCUACCUCAAGUGUACGGUCUGGCCUCCGCCCUGGCCAGAUACGUAG